CGAGUGGCGAGGGGGUGAAGCUGCCUAUUGGGUGACAGGCCGACAGAGUGAGAGCCCUUUCCCCCGGGGGUUAGCUGACCAUGGCCGUCGAAACGAUCAAGUUUAUGCACUUGUCCCUCUCUGAGCUGAACGAACUGCUGGAAGAUGAGGAGAAGCUGGGGCACAUAGUGCAAGAGAUGGACGAGCCUCAGAAUGUUCAGUUGAGCAAAGAAAUGACACUUGCUGGAAAUCGCAGCCUUGCAGAGGGGAACCUGCUAUUGCAACCAGAUCUUGAAACCUUAAAAGCCACCCUGACACAAAAAUACCAGGAGCUGCAAAGUCUCAUAGAGUCCCACCAGUUGAAGAAAACAAAACUUGAUAAACAGUCUGUCAAUUCAUCCCUGGAAACCCUUUUAGCUCUUCUUCAGGCUGAAGGUGCCAAAAUAGAGGAGGAGACAGAGAAUAUGGCAGAAAAUUUCCUUGAUGGAGGCAUCCAGUUGGAUAACUUCACUGAUGAGUAUAUGAACAAACGCAAAUUAGCCCAUCUGCGACGUGUAAAAAUUGAAAAACUUCAGGAGAUGGUAAUGAAGGGGCAAAGACUUCCCCAGGUAUCUGUGCUGCCACAAGCAGGGCCUUCGGAAACAAACCAAGCACCUCAAGCUCCCUAUCCAACAAACUUCGCCACUCCUCUACCUGUUACACCCAGAAGACCAGUGCCACCGCCACCCCAAGCGCCAAGUCAACCUGGACUAUAUCCAAUGCCAUAUGCAAUGGGUGCUCAGCCAGCCCAUGGGCUGCCUUAUGCAGCAUCUCCGUGCCCACCUAUUCCUUCUCGUCAUGGGUAUCAGCCUUCAAAUCAAAUGCCUCAGCCUGGUUAUCCAGUUCCAUUCACAACACAGUAUCCUCCUGCUCUCCCUCAAAGACCACCUCGCCUUCCUCCUAUGCCCGGUUUCAUUACACAGUGAAAUGUAACGUGUGCCUCACUGGAAGAUUGGUGCUGUCUGUUUCACGCCUCCUCUUUUAUUCUCUUAUCUGGAUGUCUAUAAGAGUUGCUCAUAUUGUAAUGUGCAGCUGGUACCAGAAAACUCUUCUUAUAAAUGACCUGUACUUUUUAAAAAAAAUUAUUUAGAGUCCUUGGUGGAUAAACUAAUCCUUUUGUAGAGGGUAUUUUGGGAGAGUCUGAAUUAGUCAAGUUAGGCAGCAAGGCAAGUAGCUGCAGUUGCAAGGUCAUUUCCUGGACUUUUGCACCACCGUGUCGGUAGUUUUAUGUGCUGAAAGGUUGCCGUGAAAAUGCAAAAUGUUGUUACGCUGCAGCCACUGAUAACAUUAAAAUCACACUCCAGUGCAUGAGAUUUGAGAACAAACAUGUAUUGGGGCAUUGCCAUCCAUCUCAGGUGUCAGACAUUCUUUAGCAAAUGGACUUCCACUGGGAGGUCUGAGAAUUGUGCUGAACGGUGAAAUGUUUGCACUGUUUACCUUCUAUAUGUUCUUUCUACACAAUGGUGUCUAAAAUAAGAUCAUCCAAAAAUAUCUGGCAGUAAUGUUCCUUUUUAAAGACAAUACGUAGGACAUUAGCAGGAUUAUUCAGGGAUAAGCGUGUAUCAGAAAUGAGUGAUUUGCAAAUGGAAUGCAGAUCAAGCGGAUGCAAUUUUUUGUGUGAAAGCAAUGCAUUGUAUACUUAUGCACAUGGCUUCAUUGUGCCUUAGACUGACUUAUUCCUGAGCAACAAAUGCAUAUCCUAUGAAAGUGCCCAUUGUAUUGCUGUCUACCAAGCAAGUAAGGGCUCCUGUUUAAACCACAGACCGUUUCUUAUACUGUACCCGCACAAACCACCUAGUCCUUUUUUGGUGAAUACAUUUUUCAGAUGGUCUUGAAAAGUAUAAGACAUGGAACAUGGAAAUCAUGUUUAAAAAAAGAAAUAAAACUUCCAUUUAGGUACAGGUGGCAGUUAAAUACUUACAAAAUAAAGUGAUUUUUUUUAAUUAAAUAUAUAUAUUUUAUUAUCUGGUUCAUGCCACACACUGAGAUUAAGUGCCAGAUACAAGUUUGGGAGAGGUGAGUUAAAGCCAUAUUUCUGAAUUCUGUAAAGCCUGAAAUCCAGAUCACUACUUGGUUUUGGCAUGAGAAAGAAAGUAAGUUUUCCGUGUUGUUAGUAAAUAUCAAGGGGUGUGUUCUUUGCACUACUGGUGCACUUUAGGGCAUAAUUUGAGAAAACAUUCAUAUUUGUUAAAUGUAAACUACAUUUUAUAUUUUAAAAGCAAUUGUAUGCAUACAGGGCAUUUUUUCCCCCUCUUACCAUUUUAUUCUAUUUAUCCCUUGCCCACACAGGGCCUUGUGCAUAAACUCUCUGCUGGUUGCUUUUAAAGUAUAGACCUAUUCACUGAAGGGUUAAAUAUGUUUCUAGAAUUCUACCCAUAAUGUUCACUUAAUUUUAUUUUUAUUUUUUUUUUAAGUAUUGUCUGAUCCCCUUACCAGUGUGGGUGGUGUAUAUGCAACUGAUUUUUGGCAACCAUUUUAUAUUAGUUCCAUUUUCAUUCUAAUUUAACUUAAUCGAAUUAAAAUCUGAAGAAUCGAAGAGCACAGUUAGGGUAGUGCUUUAAUGCUGUACUCCUAGAAACAGUCUAUAUAUUUUCUCACUUAAUGACCUUGAAACCCCCAGUUCCCAACCCAUUUAUGCAUUGACUGAACACCAGAAGUGUGUGGUGCCCUAACGGGGAAUCCCAGAGCAUGUUCUAUCAUGCAUUGCUCCUUGCAGACACUACACUGUCAAUAGCAUGUGUUUAUAGUGUACAAUUACUGUAAAGAUGCAAAUUGUCUUGUAUAGCAAAAUAAAAU